AAAGAUGUAUAAUAGACAUCUUGAAAGGAAUCGCCUAUCCAUUUUAAGAUAUGACGGUGCGAAAACAAAACAUUAAACUUGUUGUCAUAUAUCACCUGUGAUAUUUCGAGACUUUACUAAAGAGGAUAAAAUAAAGGAUAAACACUAUAAACUUUAUAAACUAUUAACUUUACUUGUGAAGCGCAUCACUGUAUUCAAGGGACGAUGUUUGCUUUACCGACGUUGCAUUUUACACCCCAACAAGUUGCGCAGGUUUGCGAAACUUUAGAGGAAAGUGGUGACAUUGAGCGUCUUGGACGGUUCCUGUGGUCGUUGCCGGUGAACCCGUCAGCUCUGGAAGCUCUCAACAAGCACGAGUCGAUCUUGCGUGCGCGGUGUUUAGUGUGCUUCCACACGGGAAACUAUAGGGACUUGUAUCAUAUCAUAGAGAGUCAUAAGUUCGGGAAGGCCUCCCAUGCAAAGCUACAGGCUAUGUGGCUCGAAUCUCAUUACCAGGAGGCUGAGAAACUUCGCGGCCGACCACUGGGUCCGGUUGACAAGUACAGAGUGCGCAAGAAGUUCCCAUUGCCAAGAACCAUCUGGGACGGCGAACAGAAGACGCAUUGUUUCAAGGAACGAACCCGGAACCUACUGCGUGAGUGGUACCUCCAGGAUCCCUACCCAAACCCAACCAAGAAGCGUGAACUUGCACAGGCUACGGGACUGACACCCACCCAAGUUGGCAACUGGUUCAAAAACAGGAGGCAGAGAGACAGAGCUGCGGCAGCGAAAAAUAGACUUAACAGCCAAGGUGGAGACAGCUCGAGACUCGAUCAUUACCAAGGUUCCUCGCCCGACCGGGACUCCUCUACUGACUUUGACGAUCUAGAUGUAGAUGACAAAUCUUUCGAAGAGGAUGACGAUGAAAAAAUCGAUAUUGAAAAUGAAGAUGAAACCGGAAGUACAGCUUCUCUAGCUUCCCCUUCCGCCACACACACAGCUCCACCUACACCACAGAUCUCGCCCACCUGACUAUAUGGCCUGCAGAACCGGGAUAUAGCUUCAGCUGUCGGCAAAGCAACUUUUCUUCCCCAACCAUGGGCUUUGAACUUGAGUGUUCCUAAGGUGCAACCAAACCCUGGACCUGUCAGGUCGUUUGGUAUAGACGAUAUUUUACACAAACCCUUAGAUUUCUCACAAGGUAGUCUUCAGCAAUUACAACAUAAUCUUAGACACGUGCAUAGUAGUUUUCCUUAUAAAUAUAUGAAUAAUUAUAUGGCUAAUUUUCAACAGACACAUACCGUAACCUCGCGUGACGUGGAGCAGACGGACAAAAUUGAGCCCACGUGCCGCGAAAAUCCGGAAAGCAGCGAGAACGCACAAUCCGGAAAUGGAGAUUAGUGUCAGAGUGAAUCCAAAUGUUAGAUAGAUAAAGCAUGAAAAUAACACCUAUAUGAGGCCAGGAAGAGAAUUAGCUUUCUUCUGGAAUUACUGAUGAUUUGUUUAAUUUGUAAAUAAUUUAGAAAUUGCAGAAAUCUCCAAUAAUGGAUGUCAAGAUUUAUACAUUUCAAACACAAAGACAUCAUAUGAACACACAGAAAGUGCUAUGUUUGUUUUCUUUGUAAACAGUUUAUCUUGUGGAUAAAGCAGUAAAAAAGUUUAGUCUAAAGCACAGGUCUCUGAAUUCUCAAGCUAGACCAAAUGAUACGAUGGAAUUAUUUGUUUUAUUUAUCUAAUCAUAAUAAAUUUAUACAAAAAAAACUAAAACGAUAUACAUUUUAAGCCUUUCUAAGUUGACUGGACUUGUUAAACUUAAAACACCGAAAAGUUAUCGCGUCGAAAACAAAUGGACAAAAAGCAUUUUCAUUUUUGGUUUUUUUUUCAUCAGUAUAUUUUUAAUAUUAGAUCUAUUUAACGCAACAUUUUUUUUCAAAGCAAAGUUUUUGAAAUAUAAUUUUUUAGAAAAUAUUGAUAAAAAAAAUCAAUAUAUUAUUUCAUUAAGCUUUAACUAUUGCUUGCCAAUAUCAUCAUUUUUGUUUGUAUUUUCAUUUCGAAUAUUGUGUAAAUACAGAUAUAUGCUUGGAAUCGUACAGAUAGACAAACGUAUGUGUGAGUCUCUUGACUGUUAUUUCUAGUGUACCUCAUUUUCCUUUUAUGCUUUGAAUAGGAAAGAUUUGUUUUGAGCUUUAAAGAAAAUAUAUAAAGACCAAUUUAGUUGAUACAUUUGCAUUUUCACAUACUUUUAAAUUUCUUGAACUAAGUUCCCUGUAUUGUAUUAUACCAUUGUACAAGUACUUGACAUGAAUUCUCUAAUUCCAAAUACAUGUAUUUUCUUUCAACAAAGCUAUACUCUGCUUAUUUAUACGGGAAUGUGUACGCGUCAAAAGGGUCUACUUUAACGUCCAACGCUUUGUUGAACCUUUUCGUGUUUCCGUACGUGUUACUAGUAGUUCCAUUUUACUCCAAAGUAUUCACUUAAAACACAAGAAGCUUUUCAUUUAAUAGCAUGAGCAUCAACUUGAAAGAAUAUCGGAACGCUAAUCCUGUACAACUUCACUUCUAAGCAGACAUCUUGCGGAAGAAUUAGAUACGAUAUUUGAAACUUCUAAAUAUUCCCUUCCUUUCUGUUUUUUUUUUAUAUUUUCUUUCAUAUUUUAGUUGUUAUUCUUUGAGUAAAUCUUUAUCAUGUUUGUAGUAUAUGGACAUUGCGUUGUUUAUUUUCUUGUUUUUGACCAUAUUCAUUUUGUCGGCAUUGUUUAAUUUAUUAUUGAUCGAUAAAAAUAAUUAAACUUAUUUCUUGUAUGUUUUAUUUGGUCUUUGAAUAAUUUAGAGUCGUAUGUUAAAAGUUGCUAAGCCUGAUUUCGUAACAUAUAUUGCCUUUUCUGUAAGCCAGUAUGCCUUGAAC